UAAAUAUAUUUUUAUUCCCUGCUGCUCUCCUCUUCUCUCUCUCUCCAACUCCAAAGAGUAAAGAACCCCUAAAACUCAACAAAAAAAAAAAAAAAAAAAGGAUCCAAAAUUCACAUCACACACUUCUUCUUACUUCUUCUUACUUCUUCUCACUUCUCACCCCUAAUUCAUUCAGAUUCUUCAGAUCUCUCUCUCUCUCAUACACUCUCCUCAAUUUCUUAUUCCAAUUUUCAGUUCUCUACACAACACAAAUUAACCAACGAAUCUCCCAAAUCUCAUUCUCCCAUGGCUACUUUGCAUAAAUUCAAACUCUUAGCCUCUCAAUGUGCCGUCGCUGGUAGCCCUACUCGAAGCCCCAACGCUAGUCCCCUCAUUCAUCUCCGUCGUCGCCGCCGUAAAACCCUAAGAAUGCUCCUUAAUCGCACCGAUCGCCGCCGAUUUCCUUUCCAAGAUAACUCCGCCGAUUCCCAAGAUCUCGACGACGACGACGACGACGAUAACCACAAUUUGAUUCCGGAGAAAAACGAGAAGGAGGUUCGAGCCAGACGAAAACUCAAGGAUUUGUUCGUCUCGUCGCCGCCGCCGCUUGAGGAUAGGCUCUCCGAUAGGAGAAUCGAAGAACAGGAGGGAUUCGUAACGUCGGCCAACACUAACGCCGCUGGAAUCGGUUCGCCAUCUACCACUCGCCGCUCUCUUAGACCUGUAUCGGCGACAUUCCGGUACAGAUUUCUCCGGCGAGCUUGGCGGCCGGUGCUCGUUGCCAUUCCCGAGUAGAAGAUGCUCCUCUCCGGUAAAAUCUGUACGAAGAAAUUCCAUAAUUUUUGCCUUAAUUAUUAUUAUUAUUAAUUUUUUUUUUAAUAAUUUUCAUAACAUUUUUUCCCUAAUAAAUUCCGACGAGUCGUCUAGCCGUGGGGAGGAGAAAGAAAGUGACCAAUGUAAAUACAAAAAAAAAAAAAAAAAAAAAAAAAAUUAUAAAUUACUAAUGUUAAUUAUUAUUAAAACCAAAAAAAAAAAAAAAAAAGAGUUAUUAUUAUUUAUUAUUACUAAAAAAAAGUAAUUAAAAA